UGCGGUUUCACACCGCUGAGGCGCAGGACUUUAAAUCUGACGAGAUUAAAGAAAUCACGGCCAGAUCUAGAGCUUUACCAUUUCUAACGACGUGUGUUGUAAUUCACACUGACUUUUUUGCCCUCACACCCAUUUGGCUCGUUUUAUUCUGCAUUUGGGCACUAUCGACGAUGUCCGCCGUCGCCGGGGAAAGACUGACCCGAAGGAGACCCGCUCCUCAGAGGAGCGCAGAGACCCUCCCGCCAGCGAAGCGCACGGAAACGUGCCGAAAUCUGUUCGGACCUGUGGAUCACGACGAGCUGAAGCGAGACUUGUCUUCCAAACUUCGCGAAAUAUCCGAACGAGAUCAGCUGAGGUGGAACUUCAAUUUCGGCGAAGGGCGGCCGCUGGAUGGGGAUUUAAAAUGGGAGGAAAGUCGAGCGGAGGACUGUCCGGGGCUUUACAGAGAGAGCACUGCCCUGCCAAAGAGGCCUUUGGUGGACUUUCCCACGACACAAAAUAUCACACAAGUUCCCCCAAAAUGUGGGGGUCCUUCAGUGAUAGUUCUGAACCAAAAGAACCAGCCAAACAAGUGUAACCGGAGAAAGUUAUCUCGCAAGACAGUCGCUCGCGUCCAGACGGAGAGCCUCGCAGACAUGCGCAUUACAGACUUUUAUGGAAAGCGAAAGAAAAUGGACCGGGUCCAUAAAGAAAGCAGAAACAUGGAGUAAAAACACGUCCUCUGGGGGGGAAAAAAUCGCACUAGUGUGAGUCACGAAGCGGUGGCGGGAAAACGCCGGAAGUAAUGACGUCUCCGAGUCUGACUCACGUUCUUAUGUGACUCUGGUAUUUAUUCU